AUGCAAAUCCCCUCAGCCCUUUAUAUUCUUCCUCCUUUAGCAAUCUUCAUUUUCACUACCAGAAACAUGUUCCAAAUCCUUCAUCAGUCAGUCAUGUUCAAAACUAUUUAUCAAGUAGCUUCCCAGUUGAAAUGGGCUUGGGAUUUCCUGCUUCACCAGUCCUUCUUUCAGCAGUAUUCCAGUGUCGACAUGCUGCAAAAUCUUGAUGAAGUCAGUGGAACGCGUACCGGGCCGCGAAAUAUAACUGAUUCUAUGGAUGAAGUGGAAUGUUCAAUUUGCCUAUGUAAUAUUGAUGAAGAAGAUGAAGUUAGAGAGCUGAAACAUUGCAAACAUAUUCCUAGAAUGGCUGCUGAGGUUUACGAACAAGUUUUAGUGUUUGAUUUCUGUACUGUUGGAUAUGGGCACUGGACACGCCCUUUAUGUCAAAAUUAUUUGAGGAUUCCUAGACUGGCUGAUGAGUCGUCUGCUGUGAGCUUUGAGGAUUAUUGGUUUUCAAAAUUUGAAUCUUGUGAUCCAAGAGUAGAUGAUCUAAUGGAGUCUGAAGGUGGCAAGAAGUCCAGUAAUAAAUCCUUAUUCUACGAAGCUCCCCUUGGAUACAGCAUUGAAGACAUUCGACCAAACGGUGGCAUCAAGAAGUUUCAAUCUGCUGAAUACUCCAAUUGUGCUCGCAGACCAUCUUGA